AUUGGAAACCGCGGAGUUUCCUUGCUGAAGAUAGUGGCCAAACAGGGUUGACCUGUUAGUAGUGGGCUCUGGAAGCGGCCGAAAGCUGAAAUCCGAGGAGGACAUGAAGUGUCUCUGAAGGAUGAGGAAGAUUUUCAGCAAGAAGGGCGAGUCGCCCUUGGCCUCCUUCCCCGGCCGGCGGAGGACUGGCGCGGGUGUAGGCUGUGAGCAUGGCAACAGCGUCUACUCACAGCCCGGGUACCACCUCCGAGACAGAGAUCUCGGCAAGAUUCACAAAGCUGCCAGCCUGGGGCAAGUGGCGAAAGUGCAGCAGAUCCUUCUGCUCAGGAAAAGUGGCUUGAAUGACAGAGACAAGAUGGGCAGGACUGCUCUGCAUUUGGCCUGUGCCAGUGGCCAUUCAGAGGUGGUGACUCUCUUGGUGGACAGAAAAUGCCAGCUUAACAUGUGUGACAGUGAGAACAGGACAGCUCUGAUGAAGGCCGUACAAUGCCAGGAAGAAGAAUGUGCGACUAUUCUGCUAGAACAUGGUGCGGAUCCAAAUCUUACAGAUGUCCAUGGCAACACUGCUCUGCACUAUGCUGUCUAUAAUGAAAAUAUACCAAUAACAGCAAAACUGCUUUCACACAGAGCAAAUAUUGAAGUGAAGAACAAGGCUGAACUCACACCAGUUUUGCUUGCUGUAAAUGGAAAAAAACAGAAAAUGGUGGAAUUUUUAGUACAGAACAAAGGACGUGUAAAUGAAAUUGAUAAAUUGAAAAGCAGUCGCCAACUAAUUUCUGAAUAUAAAGAAGAAAAGAUACCCGAAAAUCCUUCUCAAAAUAGCAAUUCAGUGGAUGGAAGUUCUGAAGACUCUUUAAGCAGGCUUUCUGACAAACCAGGUAUUGAUGAUUCAUGGCCUACCUCUGAUGACGAAGACUUCGAUUUUGAUACCAAGAAUGUCCCCAAACCAAGUUUAACAAAGCUAAUGACUGCUUCUCUGCAAUCCAAGAAAAAUUUAGAAGCACAGUAUGGCACUGUGAGGACAGAAAAUACAACCUUGAUUGAGGACAGUAAUUCUGAUAGUCCAGAGGAAGAUGAAGUUGAAGGCCUUCCUUCCAGAUCAGUUAAAGUCCAGGCCUUUGCUCAUCCUGCUUUUCCAUCACCUGGCCCUCAUCCAGCACCUUCCCUCAAGGCUUCAGCAAAUCUUGGUCAUACAGAGGACGUAACAACAGAGGCAGCAACUGGAAAAAAAGAAAAUGGUAUUGGUAUUAUUGAUAGUGCUCCAGUAGAGCAGACAGAUGACAACGUGACUUCUGAUGGAGUGCGCAAAAAUAAUAGAAGUGAUAUGAUGUCUGCAUUAGGAUUAGGACAAGAGGAAGAUAUAGACUCACCUUGGGAUUCUGAGAGUAUUUCUGAGACUCUUCCGCAGAAUUAUGUUGAUCAUUUGUCUGGGGCUGCAGAUGAAAAAGAAAAUACAGUAAAUGACCAAGUAGAAGAUGUGUUUUAUAUACCUUCUUGCAUGAGUGGAUCAAGAAACUUUAAGAUGGCUAAACUAGAGGAUGCAAGAAAUGUAGACAUACCAGUAACCCACAUGGAGUCUCCUAAGAGAUAUCCUCACUUGAAGCCUACCACUGAAAUGAAAGAUUGUGUUCCGAAUAAAGCAGUAGGAGUGAAGGACAUACAAACAUAUAGAUCAGCAGAACAUGACUUAGAAGUUACAUCAGAGGAAGAGCAAGAAAGUCUUGAAGGAAGGGAAAAUAACCAGCCACAGGUUGAAGAAGAAAGGAAGAAGCACAAAGGUAAAGAAAUGCAGGUGUCAGAAAACCUGUAUGAUGGUGCUGCUGCUGAUAGUGAUGAUGGUGGAUUAAUUCAACAAAGAAAGACUGGAAACAUUGAUAAUCAGCAAUUUACUAGGAAGGAGAAAGAAAAGUGUGAUAGUGGUGGUCCUGCCUUGCACAUGAAGGAAGUAAGGAAAAAUGAUAAUGAAAAAUGGACCUCCAAAGAAUCUGUGAUGACACCAGUGCUUGAGAAGGCCAGUUUACUAAUGGGUGGUCUGCUCCAGGUGAAUGAUGACAGCAGUUCGAGUGAGCUAGAUGAAGAUGAAGGAAGGCCUGCAAAGAAAACAUCUACUGGAAAGAACGAGGUCAAAAACCAAUUAUAUUCUAUGGAUGACCUUGAUGACUUAACUCGGUCAUCCGAAACAGCCUCAGAGGAUUGUGAGUUGCCUUACUCUAAUUAUAAGAAUAUUAUGCUGCUUAUUGAACAACUUGGAAAGGAUUGUAAAGAUUCUGUUAGCCUAUUGAAAAUCCAGGAUGCAUUUCUUUCCUGUGAAAGAUUAAUGGAACUUAAAAAAAAUCACUGUGAACAACUUACAGUAAAAGUUAAGAAAAUGGAAAGUAAGGUUAGCGUCAUACAAAAGGAGCUGUCUGAAACAAAAGAAAUCAAAUCACAGUUAGAGCAUCAAAAAGUUGAACUGGAACAAGAACUCUGCAGUUUGAGAUUUACCUUAAAACAAGAAGAAGAGAAGCGAAAAAAUGCUGAUAUGUUGUAUGAAAAAAAUAGAGAACAGUUAAGAAGAAAAGAAGAGCAAUACAGGAAAGAAGUUGAAGCGAAACAACAACUUGAACUCACUCUCAGAACACUAGAUAUGGAAUUGAGGACUGUAAAAAAUAAUUUGGACCAGGUUGUACAAGAGCGAAAUGACACUCAGAGGCAACUUUCUCGAGAACAGAAUGCCAGAAUAUUACAAGAUGGGAUUCUGACCAAUCACCUUUGCAAACAAAGGGAGAUAGAAAUGUCUCAAAAGAAAAUGGAUUCUGAGACUUCUUAUGGCCAUGAAAAAGAAGACGACCCAUUGCAUAAAAAUCACAUGUUGCAGGAUGAAAUUGCCAUGCUAAGACUGGAAAUAGACACGAUAAAAAUUCAGAACCAGGAAAAGGAAAAGAAAUAUUUUGAGGACAUUGAAAUUGUGAAAGAAAAGAAUGAUGACCUUCAAAGGACUAUAAAACUGAAUGAGGAAACAUUAACAAAAACAAUAUCCCAGCAUAAUGGACAGCUCAGUGUUCUGACAGCUGAGAAUACAAUGCUAAAUUCUAAAUUGGAGAAUGAAAAACAGAUUAAGGAAAGACUGGAAGCAGAAGUUGAAUCAUACCGCUCUAGACUGGCUGCUGCUGUACAUGAUUGUGAUCAAAGUCAGACAUCAAAAAGAGACCUAGAACUUGCCUUCCAGAGAGCAAGAGAUGAGUGGUUUCGAUUACAAGACAGAAUGAAUUUUGAUUUGUCUAACCUAAAAGAUAACAAUGAGAUUCUUUCUCAACAACUUUCUAAGACUGAAAGCAAAUUCAAUAGCCUAGAAAUUGAUCUCCAUCACACAAGAGAUGCUCUCAGAGAAAAGACUUUGGUUUUAGAACGUGUACAAAGAGACCUUAGCCAAACCCAGAGUCAAAUGAAGGAAAUUGAACAGAUGUAUCAAGAAGAACAAGGUAAAGUGAAUAAAUACAUUGGAAAACAGGAAUCUGUAGAGGAGAGAUUAUCUCAACUACAAAGUGAAAAUAUGUUGCUUCGACAGCAACUGGAUGAUGCUCAGAACAAAGCUGAUAGUAAAGAAAAGACAGUAAUUAAUAUCCAGGACCAAUUUCAUGCUAUAGUGGAAAAACUUCAAGCUGAAAGUGAAAAGCAAAGUAUUCUGCUAGAAGAAAGAAAUAAAGAAUUAAUCAGUGAAUGCAAUCAUUUAAAAGAAAGACAGUAUCAAUACGAAAAUGAGAAAGCAGAAAGAGAAGUAGUUGUGAGACAACUUCAACAAGAACUGGCUGAUACCCUAAAAAAGCAGUCUAUGUCAGAGGCUUCCCUGGAGGUUACAUCACGUUACCGCAUUAGUUUAGAAGAUGAGACACAGGAUUUAAAGAAGAAAUUAGGUCAAAUCAGAAGUCAAUUGGAGGAAGCACGGGAUCAACACACAGAGGCUGUAAGAUGUGUGGAGAAGAUGCAAGAUCAUGUGCAAAAGCUUGAAAAAGAAAAUUCCAAGUUAAAAGUUACAAUCAAAAAACAAACGGACAAAAUUGAGCAGCUUCAAAAAAACUUGUUAAUUGCAAGUUCACAUGAGGAUGAAAAGGAACAAUUAAAGAAACUUAGUGAGUUAAAACAAUCUCUGGAAUAUAACUUGAAUCAAGAAAUGAAGAAAAAUGGUGAAUUAGAAAAAGAAAUAUCUGGAUUUAAGAACCUUUUAAAAAUGACGAGAAAGAAGUUACAUGAAUAUGAAAAUGGAGAAUGUAAUUUCUAUGAAGAUUUAAAAACCAGUCAAUAUGAAAUGGAUACCCAGAUUAAGAAGCUAAAACAUAAGAUUGAUGAUCUUACAGCACAACUGGAAAGUUCAUCUUCAAAGUGUCUACAUCUAGAUGCAAAGAAUCAAAUUCUUCAAGAGGAGUUAUUAUCUAUGAAAACAAUGCAAAAGAAAUGUGAGAAACUACAGAAGAAUAAAAAGAAGUUGGAACAAGAAGUGGUAAACCUCAAAAGUCAAAUAGAAAUGAAUAUUGUAGAACGUGGUCAAGUAGAACAGUAUAAACAAGAGAUUGAAGAAAGAGCAAGACAGGAUAUAGUAGAAAAAUUAAAAGAAGUCAAUCUAUUUUUACAGACACAAGCAGCAUCUCAAGAAAAUUUAGAACAGUUAAGAGAGAGUCAUAUUUCUUCAAUGAGAAGUCAGAUGGAACUCAGAAUUAGAGACCUAGAAUCUGAACUCUUCAAAAUGAAAACUUCUCAAGAAGACUUUAAUAAAGCUGAAUUGGAAAAAUAUAAGCAACUCUAUUUAGAAGAAUUAAAAGUUAGAAAAUCAUUGGCUACUAAACUAAGCAAAACUAAUGAGAAGCUAGCAGAGGUCAGUACCAAACUGCUUGUGGAGAAACAGCAGACCAGAUCUUUACUCACCACUCUUGCUACAAGGCCAGUCCUUGAGUCACCUUGUGUUGGAAAUGUUAAUAAUGGUUUAGCUCUCAAUAGAAAACAUACUCCAAGAGAAAACUUACUGAUCCCUACCUUGAACCCACGGGCUUCAAAUAAUAGCAUGGAGAGCUACUUGACCAAGAUGCAGCAGGAGUUGGAAAAAAACAUAACUAGAGAACUAGAAGAAGCCGCUGCUGAAUUGGAAACUGAAUCCUGUAUAGCUUCUCCUGUGGGAUCUACUGAUGAAUCAAAUCUAAACCACGAUCUAGUCUGGAAAGCAUCACGAGAAUAUGUACAGAUUUUACAGAAAAAUUAUAUGCUCUGAAACAUCAGAUUUUAUUACUGGUCUGUUUAUAUGACAUUUUAAUUGUUUUUCAUUUAAUAUAUGACAAAGGAAAAU